AUGAAUCCGUAUCCUGCGCCAGUUGCCCAUCAUCCUCCCCCCCAGCAGCACGGUUUGCCACCUGAUGCUGCGGCACCCCCGCCAUCACAUUAUCACCACGGACUCCCGCCUGCUCACGAACAAUCCCACCAACUACCGCCAGCCUUGCCUCAUCAACACCAGCAUCAGCCUUACUAUCCAGAUCCCAGGGUACCGCCAAUGGCCCCACCAAGAGCCGACCAUCUGGGCCACCCUCCCUUACCGGGUAUCAGGGACCACGCCCCCGAGGUCGGCCAGAGAGAGAACGGGAAUGGAGCUACGACUCUGAAGGGGGAAGCUGACACUGAACGUCCUCCGGAGCACCCACCGCCUCCCUCUGUUGAGAAGGACGACGAUACGAGAAGAUAUAAACUGGUGUGCGAGCAGCAACCGCAGCGUGCUAGGAUGUGUGGCUUCGGUGAUAAAGAUCGUAGACCCAUCACUCCUCCGCCUUGUAUACGCCUAAUUGUCAUCGACAAGGCAACAGGGAAGGAGGUUGAUUGCAACCAAAUUGAGCACCAGAUGUACGUGCUAGCUGUCGACCUGUGGAAUGCCGAAGGAACGAAGGAGUACAACUUGGUGAAGCAUUCAACAAACUCACCUUCCAUCUCGUCAACGACGAGCACUUCGUUCCGAGAACUGGAGAGCUCAGGACCCGGCCCCUAUCCUCAACAACACUAUCCGGUUCAUAUGCCUCCGCGCGAGACUGGCCCUUACGCUGCUCCGCCAACCCCUCACGGUAUGCCAUACCCCCCGCCCGUGCCUGGAUAUAGUCAAGAGUACAGCCAGGGACAGUACGGCAGCUACAAUGGUCAACCUGUGGGCUACGGCGACUUUCAUUUCCGACACCAGAUGCCUCACAAUGUUCCUCAGUUGCCAUCGCAGACAGGAUAUGGCGGCCGUUACCCACAGGACGUGAGAGCAGCGCAACAGCCAAAUGGCAUGUACACGCGCAAUCUUAUCGGGAAUCUGGUGUCAAGCGCUGCUCGUCUCACCGACCCCAAUGACAAGAUCGGAAUCUGGUUCGUUUUGCAGGACCUCAGCGUAAGAACGGAAGGCUGGUUCCGUGUUGGUGUGCCGAACACGACAGGUGACACUCAGACCAGCGACCCCCAGAAACCCAACACUGGCAAGACCCCAAUUCUUGCACAAUGCUUUAGCGAGCCAUUCCAAGUAUACUCGGCAAAGAAGUUUCCGGGCGUUUGUGAGAGCACUGCGCUCAGCAAGUGCUUUGCUCACCAGGGCAUCAAGAUCCCGAUCCGUAAGGAAGGUCCCGAGGGCAAGAGCAAAAACAAGGGCAGUGAUGACGAUGACGAGUUUUAA